AUGCAGUUCUCCUUCGCCGUCGCGGCCGCUGCUCUCCUUGCAUGCGUUGCUGCCAGCAAAAACGGUACCGCCCCGGUAUAUGUCACUGAGGUAGUCACUGCGUACACUACCUACUGCCCAAAUCCCACCGAGAUCACCCACGGCACGAAUACCUGGACUGUCACCAAGGCCACAACCCUCACAAUCACGGACUGCCCUUGCACAAUUACCAAGCCGGUUGUCCCAACGGCAGCUCCUCCAGCUCCUCCAGCUCCUCCAGCUCCCCCAGCCAACAACGGUACUAUUCCAGUUGUUCAGCCAUCCGUCCCGGCCUCCAAGACCGUCCCUGUCGCUCACACUGGUGCCACUCCCAUCGCUACCUUCACAGGUGCUGCCAACAACCUCCAGGCCGGUGCUGGUCUUGCGGCUGCUGUCGGUCUUGCUGCUUACGUCCUGUAA